AAAGGUGGCAGUAAUGCUGACGCUUGCGAGCAAACUGAAGCGGGAUGACGGUCUCAAAGGGUCCCGGACGUCAGCCACGGCCUCCGACUCCACUCGGAGGGUGUCUGUGAGAGACAGGCUGCUUGUUAAAGAGGUUGCAGAGCUUGAGGCUAAUUUACCGUGUACGUGUAAAGUGCAUUUUCCUGAUCCAAACAAGCUCCACUGCUUUCAGCUAACUGUAACCCCAGAUGAGGGUUACUACCAGGGUGGAAAAUUUCAGUUUGAAACUGAAGUUCCUGAUGCGUACAACAUGGUGCCUCCCAAAGUGAAAUGCCUGACCAGGAUCUGGCACCCCAACAUCACAGAGACGGGCGACAUAUGUCUAAGUUUACUGAGAGAACAUUCGAUCGACGGCACCGGCUGGGCUCCCACAAGGACGUUAAAGAAGCAGUCAGAACUACCGGCCGGCGUCCGCUCCGUAGUGCGCCUGACUCCCGCCGUCGUUUCUGAUGGGAUACGAAACACGCAGCCGGAGCCCUUGCCCUGGCGCUGGGUUCCAGCCCGCGCGUCCCUCGGCCCGAGGCUCGGUCAUCUGGACCAGGCCCGUUUUCCUUGGUGACCGUGUCCUGCUCUGACACUGACAGUCAUAGCAGCUCAACCUGCAGGGGUCGUGGGCGUCCCGUCAGCGUGCUUGGGACGCUCUGACACUGGCGGGCGCGUUGCGCUGUGCCGUCUUCCUCCCUGUCCCCUCCCCUUGUCUUCCCAUGUCUCAGGAGCGGUGUUUGCCCACACGUGUUAACUUUGGCUCAGUCAUGCACGGCUUCCAGAAGCUGUCCUAACUAAAGCCACUUGUAAGUCCAAGUCUGUGCCAGAUCCACAAAAAAUAAGCAUGGCUGGCAAGCGAGAUGCUGCGUGGGAUGCUGUCCCUUGGGUCACAAGGGUGACCCCGGGCAGGCCCGGGCCACGUGUGUGCAGGGCCCUCUCCCCACCAUCCUUCACACACGAACUCUCUGGGCCCUGCCUGUGGAAAGAGCUGCUGUGGAUGAACUGACCUCAUUCGUUGUACGCCUACUUACUGGUUCACCUCAUAGAGACCAUCCUCACCCCCGUCCCCUGCUCUUAGCAGAGGACGCUGAGGCCCAGAGAGGCGUGCGUGGGCCACAGUGGACCACAGGUGACUGACUGCACUGGCUCUGGGGCCCUGUCUAACGCCGUGCGUGACCACACCUGGAGGGGGCAGCACCAAGUAGGCCCUUUGGGGGAGGGGCCCAGGGAAGGAGUUUGGGGCCCUGUCCCGGAGUCGGAGGCCGGAGGACACCGCGCACUUCCACAGGCCCGACCGCGGAUCCUCCCGAGGUGUGGUCUGAGUAUCGACUGGGGCUGAGAAUCAGCCUGAAAAAAGACAAGGCUGGAGCUGACGGCAAGGAAGACUGAAAGGGAACCUGUGGUUGAGUCACAGAUGGCCAGUCACUCCGGAGCGAACAUAGUGGUUUUCCAUUUUGUUUUAAUGGACAUUUCUGAUCUUUGAACGUUAGGAAACGUUACUAGCCUUCCUUGAUUUUUGAAAUAAUUAGAGCGAAAUUGUUAGGAGGCCCGUGGGACCACGGGUAAUGAGCUUACCUGCAGUCCCCAAGAGGCCACAGAUGCAGAAACAACAAAUUUUAUUGUAAAGAUGACUCUCCAGAAGUCUGGACUACAUGAGAGGGUGGCGAGGACGAGGUGGUGUCGGUGGGUUUCUCCUGAGCAGAUGCACCUGUCUUGGGCUGGGCCUCACCCGAGGGCACUUCACACGGUCCUUGAUUCUGUGCUUCCUGCCCAUACUGCUCACCUCCACGUUCCCAGAGCC